GAAUAGAAUCAGCGCGAGAGGAAGAAAGAGGGAGGAGGACAGCGCAAAUCAACCUGCCCCUUGACUUUAACAACAGAAUAGAGCCGGCAGACACAGAGAUCGGGAAGUGUGCGUGCGUGUGCUGCUGUUUUAUUUUAUUUUUGGAGAGAGGAAGAGAAGAUCAGACAGGAGGAACUGAGGGAGGAGGAGGAGGAGGAGGAGAAGGAGCCUCACCGUGGAGAUAGAUAGCAGAAAAAUGCUGUCACGGGGAAAGAAGGGGAGGGAGUCGGCAGAGAGGAACAGGAUGAAACAAGGCAGGGUUGAGCAGAACUGAAAUGUGGAGGUUGCCGGUGGAUAAGACCGAAAGAGAGGCCGCAGGCACUGAAAGCGUGCACACGGAAGGACGCUGUGUUGAUACAUAAGGAGCCUCUCUUACUCAGAGGACACAGAGUCAGGCUCCAGUGAUGAUCCUCACAUCCUUUACAGGAAGGAGCACCCCGCAACUGGAGUACCACCUAAACACACAUCUGCACACCUGGAUGGACUGCUGCAGAAAGCAGGAGCACUUUUUCGCGCGUCUUCAUCUUCCACACUUGGGAACGUAUUGACAGAGUGCAGUGUCUCACACAGCAUCUGUGAGAGCCUGAGGGUGGAGAAGAAGGUCAGCCUUCGUAAGUGGUGUGAAUGAGGACUAAGUUUGCUGCUUUCGCUCAGUGUUCCCAUUUCACACCAGCGCCAUAGAGACCGGGACAACAAUUUAACUGGGGGGGUGGGGUUAGCGGGAAGCCCUGGAGCAGAGUGGAGAAAAUACCGCUGGACUGGAGUUGGUUUGUCAGGUGGACACCAUGCAGUCAGACGACCUCUUCAUUCGCAAGUUUCGCCGUCAGAAUCAGCGGCCGCCUAUCGCAGCAGUCAACUUUGACCCCAAGAGGGAAACGGGUGUAGUGGAGUGGCCGCCAAGAAGGGACGGCGAUGGGGCCGAAGCGGACAGCCUCACCCCGAGCCGCGCCGGGUUGACCCUGCGGUCCAUGGGCCGGGGGCACAUCAUGCAGAGAAGUAACAGCGAUGUCACACUUGGGGACUUGGACUCCUCUGGGAAGGCGGGGGGAAAAACAGCACGAGCGGUUGGUGAGAAGGUGGAUGCUGGGGUUCAGGGAGACACAGGUGUGCUGUUACACAGGGAGUACGGCAGCCUGUCAUCACUCGAGAGACAGACUCAAGCCCAGGAGCCAAGAGCAGACGACCAGGGACCCCUGAGUCCAAGUGCCCUCCGCUUCAAAGACCCUUUCCUGCUUUUAGGGCUGCAGGGACACCCUCCAGAACCUGAUGGAUACUUUCGAGGUGUUUGCACGGUGGAUGGCCCAAAACCCGUUAAGCCACCAAAGCCUGAAGGUCUUAGCAAAAAGUCUAAACCCACGACCUCUCAGGUCCCUCAACCAGUUCCAUAUGACAACAUCGGGGGCGGAGCCUGGGUGAGGAGCUUUGCUCACUAUGACGUGCAGAGCAUCCUGUUUGACCUAACCGAGGUAGCCACAAACAGAGACAGCAUUGGACGGAAAAAGAAUAUCACCUCAGGGGCUUCAGCUGCCUCCCAGCCCCGUCCCCUCUCCCUGUCCACCCCAUCCUCACCUGCGCAGGGCGGGGGUGGCAGCACAGGGAACGCAGAAGACAACGAACAGUCAAUGAUGCUAGAUGAAGGUGAUGGCAACGAUAACGAGCUCCUCCUCAGCUGCCCCCACUUCCGCAACGAGACUGGAGGAGAGGAGCAGGCGGGCCUGGGUCGAUCCCAGGGAAGGAAGGGACUCUGGUCUAGCCUUCGCAUCCCCAACGAUGCAGUUUCGGUCCUGGAAGAGCCCAGAGAGAGCAAUGUGCAGCAGCAGGGCAAGAGCAACUACUUCAUAGAGCAUGCUGAUCUGGGAGCCCAUUACUAUCGCAAGUAUUUCUACAUGAAAGAACAUCAGAAUUUUUUUGGAAUUGACGAACGCCUCGGGCCGGUGGCCAUCAGCUUCCGUCGAGAGGAGAAAGAAGGAUCCAGCGGCGCUCAGAACAACUGUAGAAUCAUAUUUCGCACCACAGAGAUGAAGACUCUGCGAGGUUCCAUCCUGGAGGAGUCGGUGCCCUCUGCUGCUCGACACACGACCCCCAGAGGCUUGACUCCCAAGAGGCUGUUGGAGUUCAUCAUGCCUGAGCUGAACCAGCACUGCCUUCGCUUGGCCUCAAACUCCCCCAAGGUGCGGGACACCCUGCUCAAACUGGAUGAACAGGGGCUGAAUUUUCAGCGAAAGGUUGGGAUAAUGUACUGCCGGGCCGGGCAGAGCUCAGAGGAAGACAUGUACAACAACGAGAGCUCCGGGCCGGCAUUUGAGGAGUUUCUGGAUCUGCUCGGGGAACGGGUGCGACUGAAGGGCUGGGAAAAAUACCGAGCUCAGCUGGACAACAAGACCGACUCAACUGGGACACAUUCGCUCUACACACGCUACCAGGACUACGAGAUAAUGUUUCAUGUGUCCACCAUGCUGCCCUACACAGCCAACAACACACAGCAGUUGCUGCGGAAGCGCCACAUCGGUAACGACAUUGUGACGAUCGUGUUCCAGGAGCCGGGCGCUAUGCCCUUUACUCCGAAGUCCAUCCGCUCCCAUUUCCAGCACGUCUUUAUCAUCGUGCAAGUUCAUGAGCCCUGCACCGAGAACACCUACUACAGGGUGGCUGUGACACGCUCUAAAGACAUCCCAUUAUUCGGGCCUCUGUUCCCCAAAGGUGCCCGAUUCCCUCGCUCGGCCGCCUUCAGAGACUUCCUCCUGGCAAAGGCGGUCAACGCUGAAAAUGCUGCAGAGAAGUCAGAGAAGUUCCGCUCCAUGGCCACCCGCACGCGUCAGGAAUACCUGAAGGACCUGGCGGAAAACUACGUGACCACCACGCCCAUAGACUCCUCCACUAAGUUCCCCCUGCUCUCCCUGGGCGGAAAGCGCAAAGACAAGAUGAAGGGCGCCAAAGGGGCCGAGCUGCACAGCAAUGGGGCCCUUGUGUGGGCGGUGAUGGUGAACAGCAUCGAUGAAUGGGAGGCCGGAGAGCACAAGCUCCCCUGUUUGCUCGGCGUGUCGGCCGAGUCGGUGGUGCUCAUCGAGAGGUAUUCGCGCAAGGUGGUGUUCAACUGCUCCUGUCGCGAUGUCAUUGGCUGGAAGGCGGUGACAGAACCCAAAGACGGGGGGCCCUGCUUAGAUAUCUUCUACGAGCGCGGGGAGUCGGUGUCGAUCAGCAUGAUGGAGAACCAGGCAGAAGACAUACGAGAAGUGGUGCAGAGGCUUGAGCUGGUUACGAGGGGCUGCGAGGCACUGGAGGUCACACCCCUGCGCGACGGAGUGGGGCAGCCCGGCUUCCUGAUGAACGAGGAGGGUUUUGUGACGGAGCUGCAGCGGUUUUGCUACGCUGAGAGCGGAGGCCUGCAGCUGUGGGCUCGCGUGGUGCGGCUAUGCGGACACUCGCUGGUUCACCUGAGCCUCGAUGAGAGGACCAGGCUGCUCCGCACCGCCCACAAGAUCCACAUCACCGUCAUCCCACCGGACGAGAACGGCAAGCCUCGCAGGAGUUUCUCUGAGCUGUAUCUGAAAGCCAUCAAGGAUGCAGAAUGCAAGCCCGGUGAGAAUCAGUCAGGAGAGGCCUGGGUGCUGGACGAAAGGGAGGAAGAGGAGGAGGCGAAAAAAGAGGAUGAUGAUGUGAAGGCGGGCGGGGUCGAGGAGCCGGACACAAAGGAGGCGCAGGUGGAGACCGACGAGGGCGAAGAGCAGCUCUGCGAUAAAGUGGAGAGCGAGCGCAAUCCGUACUCGCUCCUCACAAUGCCCAGCUUACCUUUGUUACGAGCCACAUCUCUGCAGGACCAGCCGGCCAAUCAGGGCCAGGAGGGCAGCGCUUCGCAGCUCCCGCGCAGCUACUCUCUGGAAAAACAGCUGUCCUACAGCGACACUUGCGACGCGGGGCACGUGUAUGACAACGUGGGGUUAAAGGUUGACCACCACAUCUAUGAGAACAUCGGGGAGCUGAGGGAUGCCACACCUGAUCUGAUCCUGGAAGUCAAACCGAAGGUUCCCCUCGACGACGAGCAGUUCAUGGGGGCCGAGUUUGGCGAUGACAAAGCCUCGGCGAGUGACUCCUCUCUCUCGUCUUCGCGGCUGUCAAGUGUGGACCGAGCUGAAAGAAAUUCACGAGCCCUGAGUCUUCAUAACUCCAUCACCAAGAUUCUCUCGGAGACAACAGAUUCGACUGAGGAGGAGUGGCAGUCGAUUUCUGACCUGGCCACAGCCUGCCGCAGCAUCCUGGAGGCUUUGUCACGAGAGGACCGCAAAGCUGGAGACCCCUCCCAAGCAGGCGCUGAUCAAACUGACGGCAAGCCAAAAGAAUCAAAGGAGAGUGACUCUCCAGGCCACCUGGAGGAGAAGGUGUCGCAGCUGGAGGCCAUGCUGAAGAAGCUGCAGGAUGACCUGCAAAAGGAGAAGGAGGACAAGGCGGUGCUGCAGGCCGAGGUGCAGAGCCUCAGGCAGAACAACCAGCGGCUGCAGGAGGAGUCACAGAGCACGGUGGCCCGUCUCAUCAAAGUCACCGAGCUGCUGUGCAACGUCAACAAGCCCUGUUAGCUUCACCGCCGCACGUGCGUGCACGCACGGAAAUCAGCAGAGUGAUGCAAAUCGUACAGUGCGGUUUUUUUUACGCUCGACACAUUUACUUUGUUCUGACAUAUUUGAAAACACACACACAUACCUAUCCUCUUUAAUCUCACAGUCUCUUGUCCUGAAUCCUGGACUUGCCUGCUGGUGAGGGAGUAUGCAAAUCAAUUUUUAGGGGGAAAAAAAGACAUUUAACACCCAGUGAUGACCUUUGCAGACUGACCGGCACAGGCUGCUGUGUUGAUGUGCUAUGCCAGAGUGCUUCUAGUAGUGUGUGUGUAUGUAUGAUUCGGUGUGUGUGGAUGUGUGUGCGUCUAUAUAUUGCUUCAAAUACUUGACGAGCUGGGCUUAAUAGCACUUGCUUAAAAAGACUGAGAGACGCUGAAUAGCAUGUUUGGUGGUGUUUUAGCCAAAAUGACCAAAAGUGUAUAUAUAUAUAGUUUAUGUAUGUAAAUAUAUAUACACACAAAGUGUGUG